AUGCAAUAUUGUGAGGGUGGUGAUUUGGCAACGUACAUCAAGGACAUGCGGAAGCAGCGUCAGCGGAUUGAUGAGCAGCAAAUCAUGCACUACUUUGUGCAGAUCCUUCAGGCACUUCAGUACAUCCACGGCGAGCGGAUCCUGCACAGAGAUCUCAAGACAUCCAACCUCUUUCUGAUGAAGAGCAAGUUUGUCGUCAAGCUGGGGGACUUCGGCAUUUCACGGGUGCUGGAGGGUUCCAUUGAGGCUGCGAUCACUGUGGUUGGCACUCCGUACUACAUGUCGCCAGAGGUUUGUGAGAACAAGCCCUACACUUUCAAAAGUGAUGUUUGGUCCCUGGGGUGCUGCCUGUAUGAGAUGUGCAUGCUAAAGCAUGCCUUCUCUGCAGACAAUUUGCUGGGGCUUGUGUACAAGAUCGUCAGUGACAAGUACGAGCCGGCAACCUGA